UCGAUGAACAUUUUUGCCUCACAAAAAUUUGAGUAUAAUCAUGUUUUUCUUAAGAAGAGCAGUUUUCAUGGGCACGGUUUUCUGUUUUUCUUUUUGUAAAAAUGUCAUUUGCAUUUCGAAUCUGACCACUCCGAACACUCGCUUAACGGGACACGUUGUGGACAAAAUAUCGCCGAUCGGAUUGCAGAUGUGUAUGAAAGAGUGCUUGGCUAGAUCUGUUUGUGCAUCCUUGAAUUUCUACCAAAAACAAUUAAAAUGUGAACUUUCCUCAUCAACUGGCGAAUAACAUCCUACAGAUAUAGUCCAGGACCCGGAAUAUGUAUAUGUUGAGAUGACCAAAGCACCAAAGAGAUAUUUUGAAGAAUGCAAUGAAUCUUGUUCCUCCGAGAGUAAAUGUGUGAAAACAGCUUCAGGUCCAGCCUGCGUGAAGUCAGAUUGUCCUCACCUUCACCCAGACAGGGGUAAUACUUCUAUAGCCGUGACCUCCACAACAGUAGGGACGGUUCUGAAUUAUCACUGCAUAAAACCCCCACACAUAUAUGAGUCCCUAACUUCUACUUGUCUCCCAAACGGAACAUGGACAUCCCAGAUGGAAGUGUGCUCUGUUAUUAAAGAUAAUAACAAAAAGGACAAAUUUGUUUGUGAAACACUGAAACCCAAUUUUAAUACCAGUUCAUGA